UAUAAAAGAUGAGUUUUUGACCAACCAAACGGCAAGUCUAGCUAGGUUGGAGGAAAAAGGAGGACUAAAUUUUUUGCAUCUAGGUAGACAUGGUCGAUAAUGUUGGUGCUGGUGCUUCAAGUGACGAUGGCGGCGUCAAGCUGGAGCAAGACAAGUUGUUGCCUAUAGCCAACGUUGGACGGAUCAUGAAGCAAAUUCUGCCGCCUAACGCGAAAAUCUCCAAAGAAGCCAAGGAAACGAUGCAAGAAUGUGCUUCUGAGUUUAUUAGCUUUGUCACCGGUGAAGCAUCCGAGAAGUGUAGAAAGGAAAGGCGCAAAACCGUGAAUGGAGAUGAUGUCUGCUGGGCUAUGGGAGCCCUAGGUUUUGAUGACUAUGCCGGGCCACUAAGAAGGUAUCUUCAAAGAUAUAGAGAGAUAGAAGGAGAUAGAGCUAAUCAAGAGAAGCCUGCUAACACUAAUAAUACUAGUAUUGCUGAUCAAGAAAAAGAAGCACCACCGUCCUCCUCCUCGUCAUAUAGAACUAAUCAAGGAAUCAGGAUGUAGUUCAUGAAUUCCAGCUCUAUUCAAGUUUGAUAUGAUGUGGGAUAUUCGUGAAUCGGUGCCCUACAAAGUCAUUUAAGGUUUUAGAUCGAUCGGGAGUAGACAUGAAUAUUUUUAGCUUAAUCUACAAUGAUUAUAGUCUUAAUUAGGUGGGAAGAUUAUUGUGGUUUUUUUCCUUUAUUCAUAUACAUAUGGCUAGCUACUUUGUUGCCUUUUGAUUAGAUUUAUCUUCAUUUCUCAGCAUAAUAUUCCAUGAAUUGAAAGAAACUUUAGCUUGUUUGGUAGGGAUAAAGGUAGAUCAAUAUUUUGAUCGAAUUGAUUUUGCUAUUGAGCUGGGAAACGUAAACAUUGCUGCUAUAUGCUUAUAUUCUGAUU